CGCCUUCUGAUUAGAGGUGGGAAGAUCGUGAAUGACGACCAGUCGUUUUAUGCUGAUUUGUACGUGGAAGAUGGUUUGAUAAAACAAAUUGGGGAAAACCUCAUCGUCCCUGGGGGCAUCAAAACAAUCGAUGCCCACGGCCUGAUGGUCCUGCCGGGUGGAAUUGACGUCCACACACGGCUGCAGAUGCCUGCACUGGGCAUGACCCCUGCUGACGACUUCUUCCAGGGCACCAAGGCAGCCCUAGCGGGAGGCACCACCAUGAUACUGGACCACGUGUUCCCGGACACGGGCGUGAGCCUGCUGGCGGCCUACGAGCAGUGGCGGGAGCGAGCCGACAGCACAGCCUGCUGUGACUACUCCCUGCACGUGGACAUCACCCGCUGGCACGAGAGUAUCAAGGAGGAACUGGAGGCCCUGGUCAAGGACAAGGGUGUGAACUCCUUCCUGGUCUUCAUGGCAUACAAGGACAGGUGUCAGUGCACCGACGGCCAGAUGUACGAGAUUUUCAGCAUCAUCCGAGACCUGGGGGCCCUGGCCUUAGUGCAUGCGGAGAACGGGGACAUUAUUGAGGAGGAGCAGAGGCAGGUGCUGGAGCUCGGCAUCACCGGGCCAGAGGGCCAUGUACUCAGCCACCCUGAGGAGGUGGAGGCCGAGGCUGCGUACCGCGCAGUCACCAUCGCCAAGCAGGCCAACUGCCCGCUGUACAUCACCAAGGUGAUGAGCAAGGGUGCGGCCGACGUGGUCGCCCAGGCCAAGCGCCGAGGGGUCGUUGUGUUUGGAGAACCUGUUACCGCCAGCCUGGGCACCGACGGAUCCCACUACUGGAGCAAGAACUGGGCAAAAGCCGCGGCCUUCGUCACCUCACCCCCCAUCAGCCCGGACCCCAGCACUGCGGACCACCUCACAGACCUGCUGUCCAGCGGGGACCUCCAGGUGACAGGCAGUGCGCACUGCACCUUCAGCACGGCCCAGAAGGCCGUCGGCAAGGACAACUUCACACUGAUCCCCGAGGGUACCAACGGCGUGGAGGAGCGCAUGGCCGUGGUCUGGGAGCGAUGCGUGGCCUCGGGGAAGAUGGAUGAGAACGAGUUUGUCGCAGUGACCAGUACAAACGCAGCCAAAAUCUUCAAUCUUUACCCAAGGAAGGGCCGAGUGGCUGUGGCUUCUGAUGCUGACCUGGUAAUAUGGAACCCCAAGACCACCAGGAUCAUCUCUGCCAAGAGCCACAACCUGAACGUGGAGUACAACAUUUUUGAGGGCGUCGAGUGCCGAGGGGCCCCCACGGUGGUCAUCAGUCAGGGCCGGGUUGUGCUGGAGGACGGGAACCUGUUCGUCACCCCGGGGGCUGGCCGCUUCAUUCCCCGGAAGACGUUCCCCGACUUCGUCUACAAGAGGAUAAAGGCGCGGAACAGGCUCGCCGAGAUCCAUGGCGUGCCCCGGGGUCUGUAUGAUGGGCCGGCCCACGAGGUGAUCGCACCUGCCAAGGCCACCAGUGGCACCCCCGCCCGAGCCUCCUGCCCAGGCAAGAUCUCCGUGCCGCCCGUGCGCAACCUGCACCUGUCGGGGUUCAGCCUCUCCGGGUCUCAGGCCGACGACCACAUUGCCAGGCGCACGGCUCAGAAGAUCAUGGCGCCCCCUGGCGGCCGUUCCAACAUCACCUCCCUGUCCUAGACGCCAGG